AUGGAUCCAAACUGGCGUCCGGCUGUCCAAGUCGUCAUAAAUAGCCAUGUCCAGGGGCAGGCGGGAGUUGCGAUGGGGCAGGCGCAGCGUCGGGAAAGACCAUUAGCUGUGGAAGAGGCCCUGCAGUACUCUCCAAUGUACAGUACCCCGAUAUUUGGAUUGGAUUGCAUAUUACGUCCGGAUGUUGGCCGCCCUCCUGCUACGACCUCAAUAAAUCAUAUCCUCCAGUCCGGCCGCACUGCGCUGAAUGAUCUAAACGACGACAUCCGAUCAGGAUGCCACGAAUCAAGCCGCUUAGAGACCUCCCGGGAGUACCUGCAGCAUCUAUUGGAUGGGGAGAAACUGACUGAAUUCAAAUUCAAGCUCCCGACAGGAAACCGGAACACUACGCCAUCACUAAAUGCCUCUCACAAUUUGGUUUCCAGCAGUAACCUCCUUGGGCCCUUCUCCAAAAUGAUGCUGGACUCCACGGAUAUCGCCUAUCGAUAUCCUACACCCUCGGAUAUGGAUGCUGGGACCCAGCUGAAGAAUUCUAAAUCUAACCCACCCCAGACCCAUAAACUCAUUCCUAGCACUCCUAAACACCCUAACCAGCCCGCAAGCCAGCUCUCCGUCGUGAUACCGGUUAAGCCAUUGCCGACCGCCGAACAAACACAGGUUGCUCCGAAGAAGAGGAACGAGAGCACUGGUGGUGAUGACAAUGUAACGUCCAUUCGGCUAAGAGCUCAGAAGGAAGAAGCAGAUGCUGCCCUUGUCAAGUUGCAGGAGAUUCUUCAUGAGAUAUUUGAAGUAGAAGAUCAACUUGACUCGUGGGGAUCCGACAUAGCUCCAGAUGGACCGAACAUGAUAUUCACUUCGCUUCAAUCGUUGGAAUCCAGUGGACCUAUUCUUUCUCCGGAUGCCCAUUCACGCCUUCAAAAGGCUAUGAAGAAGGUGGUGAGCUUCAAUAGACUCCAAGACAUUCCCUCAGAUUACCUCAAUCGCAUCCAGAAGUUCUGUGAAAGGCCAAUAAUUGCUGCGCAAGCGCCUGAUCUGAAGUUAGAGGAUGCAUCGGACGAAACAGCAUCUCAGGACUGGUUGAAAAAGUUGGAUGACAUGCACAAUGCCCUUCUUGCUGUCAACACUCUCCUUCAGACGAUGUCUGGCUCCCAGACAGAACGGGACCUUUGUCCUGAGGACUUGAUUGAAGCGAUUCCGAACCUACUUAAUCAGGUCUUCGACAACUGCAUAAUACCAGCCGUUGAAGCCCGGCCCGGAGGGAAGGACGGGAAAUUUUUCGAGCUCUGUUCUCUUCAAAGGCGUGCCAUUGGUGGAGUAAUUCAGCAAAGCAAGAAGGUUCUCAGCCUUUUUGCUGGAUUUCUAGCACGGAUCGAUGUUUCCGAAGGAGCAAUUACCGCAACCGAGUUUUUUGCUGCCAAAUUGAUAUUCGUUGAGAAUUCGCACACGGAAAAGGACUCGGCGGUUGGUAGUCAAAAAUAUGAAUCUGUUCGGCGCGGGGCAAUGGACAUUCUCGCAAAGAUAUUUUCGAGAUAUCCGUCCCAGCGCGCGUUCAUCCUCGACGAGAUCUUAGUUUCCCUAGAAAAGCUUCCAGCUACUCGGCAAAGUGCCAGGCAGUUCAAGCUUGCCGAUGGCAAAAAUAUCCAGUUGCUAACCGCCCUGGUCAUGCAGCUCGUGCAGACCACUGCCUUAGACACUCCUUCUCACAGGUCGGCAAAGACUAAGCGUAAGAUUGUGAAGUCCGAAGGCGAGGACGAUGGUACCGAUGACGCCGACGAAACUAUUGAUGAUGGUGAUAAUGAUCAGUCCGAUGUAUCAUUAGCGCGUUUGGCUGCGAAGGUCAAUGGCCUGUACGAUAAUGCUCUGCGAAGCGCUCAGUAUAUUAUCAAGUUCAUUGUCCAGCGAGCAAUGACGUCCACCAAGACUGGUGACCAACCCUACCGAAAUAUCCUUGACCUCUUCACUGAAGACUUGAUUGGAGUUCUAAGUUCUAUGGACUGGCCUGCUGCGGAACUGCUUCUUCGUAUCAUGGCAUCGCACAUGGUCAGCAUCGCGGACCUUGAGAAGAGCCCCGCCACAGCGAAGAGCAUGGCUCUAGAGCUUUUGGGUUGGAUGGGUUCGGCCAUCUCUGACUUGAUUUCUACAGCACAGCACUUACUUCCUGCCAUGGAAGAGUCCGAAACGGAGCUUACAGAUUCUUUAAAGCAAUUGUUCGAUGAUUAUACAAAUCGUGCUCUACAUCCUCAAGAUCUCGUGGUUCCGAAUGGCCCCUACCGAGUGGCCCUCGAGUAUUUCCUCAACGAUAGCAACUCGAAUAAUUGGCAACUUACCAGCGCCAGGGGAUUUUUUUUGACUCAGUGGGCAAAGACAUUCUGCUCUAUUCACUACAACUCCGAGGUAAAGGACGAAGUUACAUACGAUGAUGCAACAGAGGGUGCAGUACAUCUUUUUGCAAAGCUGUUCUCUGAUUCACGAUGGCUGGAGACUAAUAGGAAUUUCGACAACGUCUCAGCUGCCCAAGGGAAAUUUGCCUACAUUCUAACGGUCCUGAACUCGAGCUUUUGCAAAGCUUUCGAUACCAUUCUCAAAGUGCUCCUCAACUCAAUCACGAGUGACCAAGCCAAAGUCCGGAGUCGCAGUCUAAAGAGUGUAAUAUAUAUGCUGGAGAAGGACCCGAGUCUUCUGGAUAGAGAUGCCUCGGUUAUGCGCGUAAUUCUUCGAUGUGCGACAGACGCGUCACCUAUGGUUCGCGACUCCGCAUUGUCGUUGAUCGCUAAAUGCAUUGUCUUAAAACCGAACUUAGAAGAAGAGGGCUGCCGGAGCAUCCUGGCCUGCUCUGGCGAUGCUGCAGCCGGCGUCCGAAAACGGUGCAUUGGGUUGAUGAAAGAAAUCUACCUAAGGACUUCACGCGUCGAGCUAAAAAUGGCCAUCCUGGAUAGCUUUCUUCAGCGAACUGUUGACCUUGAAGAGGGCGUGGCAGCAUUGGCGCGUCAGACAUUCGAAGAAAUCUGGCUUACUCCGUUCUAUGAUCUGGUCGACGCCGCUCAGGAUAUCCCAAAGCUGAAGGUUGGGCUCGCAGAAAGAAUUACACUAUUUGUACAUCUGGUACAAAGAAGUGAUACGGCUUUAGAAGCACUUGGCCCUUGCUUAGGAAAGCUGCUAUCUGAUUCGUCCAAGACAUCUACUAUGAAUUUCAAAGUGUGCAAAGCUAUGGUUGCGACCAUGUUCGAGAAAUUGAUCGAGGGUAAUGAUUCAAGAAAGGAGUUCCAGCAGGCUUUACUGCAAACGAUGACAGUAUUUGCCAAAGUGAACCCCAAAUUACUUCGUCCAGACCAGUUGGAUGCCCUCCAUCCUUACAUAGGGAACCUUGCCACGGCAGAAGAUCUGUUUUUAUUCCGCUCUGUGGUGAUCAUCUACCGAUGUGUUCUACCAUACCUAUCAAACUCUCAUAAUACGCUCUUGAAAGAUGUCCAAAAUGACCUUUUCAAGAGCGUGGCCAAACUGGCACGGGCAGAGCUCAACGAGGUCAUGGCUUGUCUGUGGACUAUCAACGGCGUCUUGCGAAAUACGGACCGCCUUGUGAAGCUCACGAUCUCCGUUCUGAAACCCAUACAGCAGUACAAGAGCGUUGACCUCUCUAGCAGCAGCAACUCUGUUAUUCUUGCAAGGGCGAAGAGCUAUAUCAGAAUCGCGGGCUGUGUUGGCCGGCAUUGUGACCUUGAGAAAUACGAACCUCACUUUCGGAACGCGGUCCCAGGCUGGAAAGGCGGGUCUGUAGCCGGUCUUAUGAUUGACUCAAUUAUCCCCUUCACCCUGGCAAAGCAGCCGCUUGAGGUGCGCGUCAUGGCUCUUGAGAGUUUGGGUUCUAUUUGCCAAUCAUGGCCUGCGCAUUUUGGCCGAGAAGAACCGAGACGUGUCCUUGCAGCAGUGUUUGAGGAAGACAACCCCAGCCUCCAAAAUAUCGUCCUGAAGGCCUUUGCGGAUUUCUUCGCAAUGCACGAAGGCAAAGCAGAGAAGUCUAUAGUCCCCGUCUCCGAGGCCGCGGAACAGCAAAACACGACUAGGUUAGGCGGGUCACUGAAAGCGAGCGAUAACGACGGAGCCGCUGCGUUGAUUGCCCAGCACUUUCUCAAAAACAUGCUUCGAGUCGCACAGUCUCGGCAAGACUCAUACGGCUUGACCGCUAUCGAAUUGAUUGCUAGCAUCAACAGGCAAGGUUUAGUGCAUCCGAAAGAGUGCGCUGGAGUCCUAGUCUCCUUGGAGACAUCCACCGUGCCAGCCAUAGCCAAGGUAGCGUACGAUACGCACAAGAUGCUUCACCAGCAGUAUGAGUCUAUGUUCGAAAGGGAAUAUAUGCGUGCCGUCCAGGAGGCGUUCUACUACCAACGCGAUGUCGUUGGGGAUCCCUCUGGCGCCACGGCCCGUCCAUAUGUUGCCAAGCUAGCGCCGCUAUUCGAUAUCGUCAAGAUAAGUAAUAGCCGGUAUCAAAAAAAGUUCCUUUCGAACCUCUGCUCCAAAGUGAACUUCGAACUGAAGAAGCUUAACUCCAGCGGUAACCCGCCAGAGCAUCUUCUGCUUGCCCGCUUUAUUUCUCAAAACCUGGCAUUCUUCGACUACAACCAGCUUGCUGAACUAGUGGCGACUGUUGGCUGCUUGGAGCGCAUCGUCUCCGCGACAGGAACCAUUGUAGCACACGCUAUUGAGACCGAGAUAUUCCCGCCAAAACAGGAAGCUAUGCAGGGAGACGAGGUGUCCAUGGCUGUGUCAGCCGAGACUGUCAGUAGCUUACCACUGCCAAAUGUCAAUCCGGCGACUUUACGACAUCUUACUGUAGCAGCCGCGUCUUUGUCGAUGUUGUGGGAGGCACGAACACAUCUUCGACGUCUGUACGGAGUCACGGCCCAUGUCCGGAACGAUGCGAAGGCGGCCGCUAAGGAGACUAACAAGUCCGCUACGAAGGUACAAGGUGUCAAUGGUGAUAGAUUCUGGGAGGCCAUUUCCCGAAAUAUGUCAUCUCUGGACAGUCAGCAAAACAUGAUCGAUAAAUGUCGUGAAUUUGCAACACUACUCUCCAUUGACGAGGAGUUCAAGAUUGGAUCCGACGAAGAUGCGGAGGGUGAUUUUGACGCAGCCGUCGAGGCUGAAGACUCUGGAGCGACCUGGGUUGCUGGCCAACGCCCGCCGAAGCGCAAGGGCUCCACAUCGAGUCAAAAUCCGCCGAAACGGCCUCGAGGCCGAAAAUCCGGGUCGGGAAAGAAGAGGAGCAGUGCGAGUGCGACUCCAGACGGGGAUGCGGAUCAGGAGCACUAG